AUGGAAAUUAUGAAAUGGACAGAGAUAUCUCAGUCACUUCCAGGGAAAGGGCAGAACCAUGACUGGCCUGCACUUCAACCCUUCCUUGGGACAGAGGCUUGCCUCUGCCUUGUCCUGUGCCUCCUGGAAGGGAGCCAGGCCAGGUCUUUGCUCCUCACACCAGCUGGAUAUGUGGAAUCUGGUGAAAACGUAAUGAAUACAACUUAUGUUUUCUCCAGGAAAAAUCUUAAAAGGCCCAUGGUUUAUCUUCCAUGUCCUGGAAAAGCGACACUUGCUGUUCACUGCUGUCCAGUCCACUUUGGAUUCAGGCUAGUCAUGGAAACGCCAUGCCUGGAGCUGGUGAGUCUGCCCUCCUGCCUGGUGUUUGCUAUGGCUUCAGAGGACUCUCCGCUUCUAUAUGACACCCAGCAGCCUUUCCCUUUCAGUUACAUGUCUAAUAUACACUACCACACCCUGAGUGAUAUUUCAUGGCCCAAUGAUAGGGCCUUCCUGGUCAUUUCAUCCAUGGAUGGCUAUUGUUCAUUUGUGACAUUUGAGAAAUAUGAACUUGGAAUUCCUUUGAAAGAGAAGCCAGUUUUGAGCAUGAGAACUCCUGAGACAGCAAAGAGAACCAAGAGUCAAGACACACCAAGGGUCUUCGCUGGGACCGGACCAGUAGAGGGAAACCCCACCAGCAGAAUCCAAGACCCCAGCAGUCCCUGCACAACCCCUCCUCCAGCCAGACAAUGUCCAGCUCCAGCAGCAAUCAAGGACACUCACUCAAUCACUCCUGGUGUCAAAAACUCCUUGACAGGGCCAACAGAGGAGAAGACCCUGCAGCCCGGUACUCAAAACACAAAAGCCCACCCAUCCUGCAGGGUUACUCUGAACACGUUGCAAGCCUGGAGCAAGACAAUGCCCCAGAGAAUAAACUUAAUGCCCUUAAAGACAGAUACUUCACCAAAUUCUGUACCACUCAGCAUAAUUCCCAACUGUUCCACAGAAGAAAUUCAGUCAGAGAUGUCUGGAGACCCUCAGGGCAGUCCUCCAGAGCUGAAACAGCCCAGAUCCAGUGAAAACAAUGGAAGUGCCCAAAGUCUAGUCCCUGAUGGGACCUCAACAUCUUCUUGA